AUGACUGGCAUCUUGUGCACAUCAUAUUAUCUCUUGCAGGAUGAGCCAUCUACACUUGAGGGACUUCAAGAGUACCGCGAGUCUCCUAACGUGAGCCGCUUCACCUGUAAGACGUGCGGUUCCCACGUCCUGGCUCAAGUGAAACCUAGCGGACGAUUUUUAGUGGCCUCGGGUGUAUUAGUAGCGGGAGACAUUCCGAGGGUACAGUCAGUUCAGCACUGGCAGGUCAAGGACACUGAUGAUGGUGGGUUGAGCACAUAUUUGCCCGGCUGGCCAACAACGGACGGUGGCUGCAGACUGGAGGUUCUUUCGGGACAGCCUGGAAGCACCGCCAGAUCUCAUUCGCAACGGCGCAUGCAUGAUCCAUCGAAAUCACAAACUCAGCUGCAGGCACGCUGUCAUUGUGGAGGGAUUGAAUUCUACAUCACCCAGCCAGACUCAUCAUCGACAAAGGCUUGGUCACCUUUCGCUGACUUGCUUAUCCCGUACCACACCGGAUCUGGAAAUAACCCUGAUGAUGUCAAAUGGUGGUUGCGAAAUGGAAACACCAAGUAUCUUGCAGGUACCUGCACGUGCGAAUCCUGCCGACUGGGGUGCGGCUUUCCCAUUCAGCCCUGGGCAUUUGUACCAAAAGCCAACAUUUUCAAUGCGGAUGGAUCUCUACUGAAAUUUGAAGGUAAGACCAUGCGGCGAUACAAUAGCUCCCCGGGUGUGUAUCGGGAGUUCUGUGCAGUUUGUGGAGCCAAUGCAUUCUGGCAUUGUGCUGAACGGCCGGAAUUGAUCGAUGUGAGUAUCGGAUUGGCUUAUGGUCAUGGUGCACUUGCAAAGGACUUCCUAGAAUGGGCUCCUGACCGCGUUAGUUUUGCGGAGAUGGCCAUUCAAACGGAUUUGGUCAAACUACUGGAGGAUGGGUUAAAAAGGUUGUCCGCCCAUUGA